AAAUCUCAACGGUACCUGUCUCAAAUCCCAAAGAAACAUGGGUGGCUUAGGAAGUUUUAAGCAUUCAAUCAGGUGGAGAUUUCAAGUCCCAUGAAUGAUACAAUUUUUGCAUAACUACAUGUGUAAGUAGUACUUGCACAAGAAACUUAUAUCCUGACAAAUAUUCGGCUUCAUAAGAUUUUCCUCCGGGGAGGUGCCUGUUAGCCUGAGAACUUUCUAAUCCGCCUUUAAUGGAAAUGAAAGAAAAUGUACAAUAUAGCCCUCACAUGAUGGUUGACAAAAACAAAGAAAGGUGAUAUUGACCGAUUUAUCUCAGAGUACAAAGAGUAAAGGAAAGAAAGCACUAAACGCCCCGUAUACGACAUUGAGAAGUGAGAGGGAAGGCAUUGCAAUCCAUGGUAGACAUGGUCAAUCAGCAUAUGCUGGAAAAUUUCCCCCUGCGGUAACGCAUUCAAUAACCAUUCCAGAAACUUUCACAUAUGAAACUUUUUUCUGCUGCAUUAGGUGAGUUAUUUAUCACAAAGUUAGAUGGAAAAUAAGGGAAAACAAGGAAAAGGGAGUGCAGGAUUUGAAGUCUGAUAGAAACUGUAGAACUUAAAGAGUGAUAUGGAAGUACCUUGCGUCAGAGAGGCCUCAAAAGCCUGUUCAAGUUGGUGCUCAAAUCCUUGUCUUCGCCUGCCUGAGGCCCCUACUCCCACUUCCGAGUUUACAAGAACUGCCACCACUCCCAAGCAAGAUUUCUUUUCUGCAAUUUGUUCCUCAAUCCGACCAGACACCUCGUUUACUAAUCACGAAUCUCUCCCUCCAUUGAGAGAAUUGUAUUCCAACCUUAAAAAUUCCUUCCCGCAAUACUCAAAUACAGAUUCGGUUGACCAAAUUAGAUCACAAGAGUACUAUCACCUCUCUCUCUCAAAUCAUGUCUGCCUGGACUACACUGGCAAUGGCCUUUUCUCAUACUCCCAGCAACAGAAUUUGUAUUCUGGAGCUGCAAUUGCCUCUACUUCUUCAUCUCCUCCACCACCACAAGAUUCUACCGCUUCAGAAGUACCUUUUUUUGAUAUUUCAUACAAGUCCGUCAAUUUGAUCUCUCUACUACGUUACGGUGGCGAAAAAUCAGAGUUUGAAUUGGCAAUGAGAAAAAGGAUCAUGAACUACAUGAAUAUCUCUGAAGAUGAUUAUUCCAUGGUUUUCACUGCUAACCAGGCCUCCGCUUUCAAGCUUUUGGCAGAUUCAUAUCCCUUCCAGACUAAUCACAAACUUCUUACAGUCUAUGACUACAAGAAUGAAGCAACAGAAGCAAUGAUUGAAAGCUCCAAGAAGAAUGGAGCUCGAAUAUUGUCAGCUAAGUUCUCAUGGCCUAGUUUGAGGAUAAAUGCGAAAAAACUUAGGAAGAUGAUCCGUAAGAAUAAGAAGAAGAAGAAGAAGAAGAGGGGAUUGUUUGUCUUCCCCCUGCAGUCAAGAAUGACUGGAGCAACAUAUUCUUAUCAAUGGAUGUAUAAAGCGCAAGAAAAUGGUUGGCAUGUCUUGCUUGAUGCAGACGCGUUAGCAGCCAAGGAGAUGGAGACGUUGGGGCUAACUCUGUUUCUUCCUGACUUUAUCGUCUGUUCAUUCUUCAAGGUGUUUGGGGAAAACCCUUCUGGUUUUAGCUGUUUAUUCGUGAAGAAGUCUAGUAUCUCAGUGCUAAACAAAUCCUCCACAAGCAUUGGUGUUGUCAGUCUUAUCCCAACAGGAAACCUUUUUAGACAAUCCACUAUCUCUGAAACAGAAAGUAAAGAUCAAAUUGUGACCUUAGGUAUGUUGUUCAGGAGAGAGGAAGCAGGAUUGCUUAGCUCAUCCUUUAGCUCAAGUGAAGAAGCCUUUGAAUUGCAGGAAGUUAAAGAAGAUGGCAGCAAAACUCAGGAGGAACCAUCAUUUUCCGAGUUAUUAAAAUCAGAUAAAAGGGUUGUCUCAAAUGAUGCAAGUCCCAGCGGUAUAAGAAGCUCAGAAACGAUUGAAUGCAGGGGAUUAGAUCAUGCAGAUGAAGUAGGCCUAAUUGUGAUCAGUAGCAGAAAUCGGUACCACAUAAACUGGCUAGUAAAUGCAUUGCUGUGCCUUCGACAUCCACAUUCAGAAAAUGGGGCUGCCUUAGUUAAAAUCUACGGACCAAAAAUAAGCAUUAACCGAGCACCGGCUGUGGCUUUCAAUGUAUUUGACUGGAAAGGAGACAAAAUUGAUCCAAUUCUUGUACAGAAGUUAGCUGACCGAAACAAUGUUUCUCUUGCAUGCGGAUUCUUGCAUCAUGUGGGGUUUGAAAACAAUUAUAAAGAAGAGAAGCAGAAAAUAUUAGAGAAGGAAAACACUGAAAGAAGAGAAGUGGAGCACAACAAAAAGGGAGGUCAAUUUGAUUCGGAAAUUUCUGUGGUCUCAGCUUCUGUUAGGUUUUUGACCAACUUUGAGGACUUGUAUCGGCUCUGGGCUUUUGUUUCCAGGUUUCUUGAUGCAGAUUUUGUGGAAAAAGAAAGGUGGAGAUACAUGGCUCUUAAUCAAAAAACGGUUGAAGUGUAGACUAAGUUAUCAACUUAUUGAUUCUUUCAUGCUACCCAGAGAAGAAGUUGUUCAUACUUUCCAACAAUUCUUUCUUUCCCUUGAUUUCACAUAUGAAUUGUUUACUCCUUUGAUUGCCUGACUACAAGAAUAUAGUUCAGAAAUUCAGCAAUGAUUAAUUA